GGUGCUGACGUGGGGGUCUCUGUCCAGGGUCAUGAAUUCACAGCCUCCUGAUCCGGCCCCCCCCCUCCCCCAACUCUCUCCGAGGAGGAUUGUCUGAACAUGACCACGUAGCAAGUUCCAGCACUUUAUUCCGCCUGGUUUGGGGGGCUGGUUUUUAUUACCGCCGUCGUUCUUUUUUUAAGUGGAAAUUUAAUCAUUGGUUUGUUUAUUUUUUUAAACUCGUGGACUACAAAUCACCAGAUCCCAAACAAUGUUUAACGUCAAUGCACUUGGAGUCUACGUUUGGGAAACUCUAGUGUUCUUCAGCCUGGCAGCUUCCAAAGAAGCCGAAGCAGCAGCACGGUCUGCUUCCAAACCCAUGUCCCCCUCGGAUUUCCUGGAUAAGUUGAUGGGCAGAACCUCAGGAUACGAUGCCAGAAUCAGGCCAAAUUUUAAAGGCCCUCCAGUAAAUGUCAGCUGCAACAUUUUCAUCAACAGCUUUGGUUCUAUUGCAGAAACGACUAUGGACUACAGGGUGAACAUCUUCUUGCGGCAGCAGUGGAACGACCCGCGGCUGGCAUACAACGAGUACCCUGAUGACUCCCUGGAUUUGGACCCCUCCAUGUUGGAUUCCAUCUGGAAGCCUGACUUGUUCUUUGCCAACGAGAAGGGGGCUCAUUUCCAUGAGAUCACCACAGACAACAAACUUUUGCGCAUUUCCAGAAAUGGCAAUGUCCUCUACAGUAUCAGGAUUACACUAACGCUGGCUUGUCCCAUGGAUCUGAAGAACUUCCCCAUGGACGUGCAGACGUGCAUCAUGCAGUUAGAGAGCUUUGGCUACACAAUGAACGAUCUGAUAUUUGAAUGGCAAGAGAAAGGUGCUGUACAGGUUGCUGAUGGAUUAACCUUGCCUCAGUUUAUCCUGAAGGAAGAAAAAGAUUUGCGAUACUGCACCAAGCAUUACAACACAGGCAAGUUCACCUGCAUAGAAGCACGUUUCCAUCUGGAGCGACAGAUGGGCUACUACCUGAUCCAAAUGUAUAUCCCCAGCCUUCUGAUAGUCAUCCUGUCUUGGAUCUCCUUCUGGAUCAACAUGGAUGCUGCGCCUGCCCGUGUUGGCCUGGGCAUCACCACUGUGCUCACUAUGACCACCCAGAGCUCUGGUUCCCGAGCAUCAUUGCCCAAGGUGUCCUACGUUAAGGCCAUAGACAUCUGGAUGGCUGUGUGCUUGCUGUUCGUGUUCUCAGCUCUUCUGGAGUAUGCCGCUGUCAACUUUGUGUCCCGGCAGCACAAAGAGCUGCUCAGAUUCAGAAGGAAGAGGAGGCACCACAAGGAGGAUGAAGCCGGAGAAGGCAGAUUCAACUUCUCUGCCUAUGGGAUGGGCCCUGCCUGCCUGCAAGCCAAGGACGGCAUCUCAGUCAAAGGAGCCAACAACAACACAGCCAACCCAGCCCCCGCCGCCUGCAGGUCUCCUGAAGACAUGCGCAAGCUCUUCAUCCAGCGAGCCAAGAAGAUCGACAAGAUCUCACGUAUCGGCUUCCCCAUGGCUUUCCUCAUCUUCAACAUUUUCUACUGGAUUAUCUACAAGAUCGUCCGCAGGGAGGAUGUGCACAACCAGUGAGCAGGGUCGCCCGGAGAGGAGAGCCAAACGGGAUGAGAGGGGAGAAAGCAAUCCUCUAUACCCAUGUGCAAUACAAUGCAGCAAUGCAUGAAUUUAAGAAUGUGGCAAUAUCUACUUUAAAAUAAAU